GGUUCUUCAUUGACAGAGCUGUACUUCUUUUAACUCCGAAAACCCUAUAAACGCCAUAAACCAUAACCGUAGGAUAGUUUAACGUCUAAUUCACUGAUUCCUUUAAUCUUGAUUCUCUGAACCUACACUCUUUUGUUCCCUUUAAUCUUUUCAAAGCAUUUCUCAGUAGCAGUUCCAUCAAAUCAAAGGGUUCUUCAAUCUGAGGUGUGCUUGAAAAAAUGGAACUAACAUGGUUGAGUGCCAUUAUUGUUGGUGCUGGAUACCUUGCUUUGGGUUACUUCAUUGGUUCCAAAUACCCACCUCGCUUCCUCUUCUCACCUAAACUUUCCAUUGACAACACCAACCGGAACAGCAACACGAAAUCUAAACCCAAAGAGUCCCUUGAGAUUGAACAGCUCGCUAACAUUCUCGAUGAUUUCAAAAUGGUAUUGGUGGUACGGAAUGAUCUUAAAAUGGGCAAAGGGAAGAUUGCUGCUCAAUGCAGUCAUGCAACUUUAGGCCUAUAUAAAAAGGUCCUUCAUCGAGCACCAAAGGCUUUGAAUAGGUGGGAGAUGUGUGCACAGCCUAAGGUGGUUGUGAAAAUUGAAAGUGAAGAAGAUAUGCUAGCUUUGCAAGAAAGGGCUAAAUCACUGAAGUUACCCACCCAUAUCACAAUUGAUGCUGGGAGAACACAGAUUGCACCAAAUUCCAGAACUGUGAUGGCAAUUCUUGGACCUGUUGAAGUGGUAGAUGAUGUAACAGGUGGACUGAAACUGCUAUAGUUUUCUCUCCAAUCAAGAUGAUUAGGCUUUACCUAAGUUCUCAACUUUUCAUGAAGGUUAACUGAUCAAACUUCUUGGAGAUUACAAGAUUACAUCCCUUCUUAGAUUUGCAUGCCCACAGAGAAUUUGCAAUUAGUCAUUUAGUUGAUACUAAUGAUGAUGAUGAAAACUUUAAUUUGAAAAUAGGAAUCAUCUGUACUGAAAAUACAGAAUGCUGCAAUUAAGUUUAUGUGAAAUGUUUUGAUAAGUGGGAUAUAUGCCAGGUGGAAGAAUAAGACAUUGGGAAGUGUGUGGACGGUUUCCAUUUUAUUCUAUUUCACCAUCAUUAAUACAAAAUUAAAUUAGAACGUGUUUA